AUGAGCGAGUUCACACACAAGAGGCCGUUCAACUGCUCAGACUGUGGGAAGAGAUACACUGGGUCAUCUCAAUUGAAGGAAUAUCAGCAAGUUCACACUGGAAAUAAGCCAUCCACUUGCUCUGAAUAUGCGUCUACCAAGGCCAUCGGUGCUGUGGUUUACUUGAAAGUAGUCAGGAAGGAUGAUCAAGUUGAAGUAGGAUUUGUAACUGGUAAGGCGAAGCUUGCUCCUCAGUCCGAGCUGACAAUUCCAAGGCUUGAACUGUGUGCAGCUGUCCUGGCUGUGGAAAUGGCGGAUCUUAUCCAGGACGAGCUAGACCUAGAGCUGGACGAUAUCAAGUUCUACACAGAUAGCAAAGUUAGAAAGAUGUUCGUCGUCAUUCUUGCCAGUGACAAUGAUGUCAUCCAGGGAUUCACUGGGCCACUGCACCAACAGAUACAGCAGCAAAGUCACACAGGGGAGAAACCGUUCACCUGCUCCAUGUGUGGGAAGGGAUUCAUCUGA